AUGACUGAGAUACUACCGCAUGUAAAUGAUGAAGUGCUACCAGCAGAGUAUGAACUCAAGCAGCCGGAGCCAGAUCAUUGCCCCGGUCCCGAAUCAGAAAUGGCAGGUAAAUCCGAUGCUUGUGGUGGCUGCGCCAAUAAAGAUAUAUGUGAAAGCCUUCCAAAGGGUCCUGAUCCCGAUAUCCCAUUAAUUACAGAUAAUAUGUCCGGAAUAGAACACAAAAUUUUGGUCUUAUCUGGAAAAGGUGGUGUAGGCAAGUCGACCUUUGCUGCAAUGUUGAGUUGGGCACUCUCAGCUGACGAAGAUUUACAAGUUGGUGCCAUGGACCUAGAUAUAUGUGGUCCUUCUUUGCCACAUAUGUUAGGUUGCGUCAACGAAACUAUCCAUGAAUCAAACUCCGGUUGGACACCUGUCUAUGUGGCCGAUAACUUAGCAACUAUGUCUAUUCAAUACAUGCUCCCAGAGGACGAUUCCGCCAUUAUAUGGAGGGGCUCAAAGAAAAAUUUAUUAAUAAAGAAAUUUCUGAAAGAUGUUGAUUGGAAUAAACUUGAUUAUCUGGUGAUUGAUACGCCGCCAGGAACAUCAGAUGAGCACAUUUCCAUAAACAAGUAUAUGAAGGAAUCCGGCAUAGAUGGUGCUCUUGUGGUCACUACCCCCCAGGAAGUAGCUCUAUUGGAUGUACGCAAAGAGAUCGAUUUUUGUAAGAAAGCUGGUAUUACUAUCCUUGGACUAGUCGAAAAUAUGAGUGGGUUUGUAUGUCCAAAUUGUAAGGGGGAAUCCCAAAUUUUUAAAGCUACUACAGGCGGAGGUAAAGCGCUCUGUGAGGAGCUGGGAAUCAGAUUUUUGGGGUCGGUUCCCUUGGAUCCAAGGAUCGGAAAGAGUUGUGACAUGGGUGAAAGCUUUCUGGAUAACUAUCCUGACAGUCCCGCUUCGAGUGCUGUGCUCAACGUUGUUGAAGCCCUCCGAGAUGCAGUUGGGGAUUUAUAA